AAGGUGAAAAGGCUUAUUGCUAAGGUGAAAAGGCUUAUUGCUAAGGUGAGAAGGCUUAUUGCUAGGGUGCGAAGGCUAAUUGCUAGGGUGAGAAUGCUCAUUGCUAGGGUGAGAAUGCUUAUUGUUAUGGUGAAAAGGCUUAUUGCCAGGGUGAGAAGGCUAAUUGCUAAGGUGAGAAGGCUUAUUGCUAGGGUGAGAAUGCUUAUUGCUAAAGUGAGAAGGCUUAUUGCUAGGGUGAGAAGGCUAAUUGCUAGGGUGAGUUGUAUUUUUGUAUUUGUAUUGCUACAGUGAGAAGGCUAAUUGCUAGGAUGAGAAGGCUAAUUGCUAGGGUGAGAAGGCUAAUUGAUAAGGUAAGUAGGCUUAUUGCUAGGAUGAAAAGGUUCCAAGAUGUGGAGGCUUGUCAAAAUACAUUUUCCUAGGGUGAGGAAGCUCACUGUGAUGAUGAAGCUUGCUAGGGUGAGGAGGCCCACUGGUGAGGAGGCGGCAUACUGUGGCAAGGAAACUUGCUAGGGUGAGGAGGCCCACUGGUGAGGAAGCAUGCUAAGGGUGAGGAGGCAAACUAGGGUGAGGAGGCCCACUAGUGAGGAAGCAUGCUAGGGGUGAGGAGGCAAACUAGGGUGAGGAGGCUCACUGUGGCAAGGAGGCUUACUAGGGCAAGGAGGCUCACUGUGGCAAGGAAGCUUGCUAGGGUGAGGAGGCUCACUAGCAAGGAAGCUUGUUAAGAUGAGGAAGUUCACUGUGGCAAGGAAGCUUACUAGGGUGAGGAGGCUCACUGGCAAGGAAGCUUGUUAGGAUGAGGAGGCUCACUAGAGUGAGGAGGCUCACUGUGGCAAGGAAGCUUGCUAGGGUGAGGAGGCUUACUAGGUUGAGGAGGCUCACUGGCAAGGAAGCUUGCUAGGGUGAGGAGUCUCACUGUGGUGAGGAGGCUCACUGUGGUGAGGAAGCUUGCUAGGUUGAGGAGGCUUACUGUGGUGAGGAAGCUUGCUAGUGUAAGGAUGCUCAUUGUGAUGAGGAAGCUUGCUAGGGUGUGGAGACACUGUGGUGAGGAGGCUUGGUAGGAUGAGGCUUGCUAGGGUGAGGGGGGGCUUGCCAGGGUGAGGAAGCUUGCUAGUGUAAGGAGGCGUGUAUUGUGAAGGAUACACCAUAAUAAGGUUCUACUCUUGUCAUGGAGAAUAUUGUACAUCCAUCACAGUGUUGUGAAUUCUACUACUUGACUGCAAAAAUUGCUUGUGACCACACUGAAACAGUUACAUUUGUCUAUGACCAUAUGAUUCACUGGUCAGGUUAUAGGCAUCACUAGUAUGUGAUUUCUGCCAUAUUGUCGGAUGUUGGUCAUUUGAUCAUGUCUGGCAAUUUGCAUCUCUCAAACGAUUCUUAUUUUUGGGAGUUGUCCUUUAGUUCUGUAAGGCAGAAAACAGGAGAUGCUUUUUCACCCAUACAGUUAUAAACCUGUGGAACUUCCUACCUGCUGAAGCUGUAAAUGCCAUGUUUCUCCAGUUUAAAAUCCAGUUGGAAAAAUCCUCAGGAACAAUGGAAAGACCUUUGACAAGCUGCCGGCUUCCAGUUCCCAUUAGGGCCCCUAGAGAGAUAGUGGCCCACAGGUAAAUUCAGUCUUAGUUGCAGGUUGGUGGGGGAAGAUGGGUGGUGCGAGGAACACAGACCAGGUUCUGUUGAACAUCGACCAUGUGCAGCAGAAGCACACUUGGGACUGUGGUCUGGCAUGUAUCAUGAUGAUAUUGACUCCUCAAAAUCGCAAUAGAUUCUCAGCCAGACUUUAUCAAAUAUGUCAGGAAGAAGGGUUUGAGAAAAGCACAUGGAGCAUUGACUUGGCAUACUUGCUCCAGAGAUUUGCUGUCAAGCAUCGGUACAUGACAGUAACUCUGGGUGUUGACCCAGGAUUCUCCACUGAGAGUUUCUAUGACAAAGUGCUUAGCAAAGAUGCACAGAGAGUCCUGGAUCGCUUUCGAGAAGCUAGCAAUCAAGGCGUGGUUGUGGACCAAGGAGCUGCCACACUUCACAGCAUUUUAUCCCAUCUCCGUGAGGAGGGACCUGUCAUCUUGCUCACUAAUGCUCAUCUAUUAACAUGCAUCAGGUGUACUAAGGCUAUGCCACAUCUUCGAUCUUGUCUACCCUGUUCACCGCCAUAUCAGGGGCAUUAUAUCCUUCUAAUUGGUUUUGAUAUGAAAAAGAAUCACGUAUAUUACAGAAAUCCAUCUUUUAAAAAUCGUAUUUGUUCUAUAACUUUUAGUAAAUUAGACGAGGCUAGACAAAGCUAUGGUACUGAUGAAGAUGUUAUCUUUAUUUACACUAAUUCAAAGCAUCAGAGUUCAGUAUAGAAGUAGAUAGGAUAGGCCUUAUUUAUAGUGUAAUGUAUGGUACGAAGAAAUAUAUUUUAUGAAUGGUGUGCAAUUUUAAAGGGACAUCAAUGAACUACUAUUCUUUGUUGUAUGAUAAAAAUAUUAUAUUUUGACAGUGGGGGUUAUAUGUAAAAUAUUCCCUCAACAUUUUAUCACAGACUGAAUUCAUAUUUUUUUAUGGCAAUAAGUAUGCGACAGUUAAAAACAUGUCGAAGGUCUCUAAUGGCAGUUUCUUUUAUUAUACAAGUGAAGCAUUUGCUGCUAUGGCAGCGGGAUUAUUUUUUUAAAAAUUAUACAAAUAUA